CGCUAGUGGGUCCUUUAGUGGCUCUGGGGCGGGGCUGUGGGGAGGGCGCCGACUGACCGACGGACCCCGCCGGGAUGGGGAGUGUGGCUGCUCCGCCAGGGUCCUGCGGGUGGGAGAGACGCUCCGCGACCACGGGUGUCCGGAGCCCCUCCGUGUUGUGCUAGAGAUGCUCUUCCUCUCGUUUCAUGCAGGCUCCUGGGAAAGCUGCUGCUGCUGCUGCCUGAUUCCAGCCGACAGACCUUGGGCCCGGGAGUGGGGCCGGCGCUGGCGGCUGGAGAUGGCCGACCCGAGAUCCGUGCACGAAACCAGGUUUGAGGCGGCGGUGAAGGUGAUCCAGAGUUUGCCGAAGAAUGGUAAGUGCGCUGGGUCCCGGCUGCAGAAGCCUACCCCCGAGGCCGGAGGCCCCGGUUUCUGAACCUCGCCUCCUUUAGUCUUUCUGCUUGUCGUCUUGCUGAUUUAACCUCCUUCGUUUCUGCGUUUAAAAAGGAAUGUAAUUGGAGGGAAGGUAAAGAGUGUUAAUUAAUUACUUGCUGACCUUUCAAGAUUGUGAGUAGUUUUUAUUGCUGAAAACAGAAGUCUUACUUAAUGACUGCGGAUUAGGAUAUAUUUAAAAAAAAAAAACUGGGUUGGGGAUGCUUGGUGCCGCAUGCUCAUGAAGUGUACUAUUUAAGCCUUUCAGAAACUUUCGAUGUGAAGGGAGGGAAAGGAAAGAAUAGCUAUACUCACUUGUAAAAUGAUUU